CACGCGAGGACUCAUCCCUUAUCCGAGCGCUAUAUAAGGUGGCCUUCUGCUCGAGUUGUUCAGUCUCCUCACCAACUUGACCAGACCUCCAUCAUGAAGUUUGUUGUUCUCGCACUGGCCCUCCUGCUGGCCAUUGGCUCCCAGGCUGCUUCCCUGCAGGCUGAUGCCCCCUCCCAGCUGGCUCAUGUCCGGGCUGCAGCUGAUGUCUACCUGACUCAGAUUAAGGAAAGUGCAAAGAAAGCCCUGGAGAAUCUUGACGAAACCGAGUACAAAGACUUGAAAGUCCAGCUUGUCCAGCGCCUGGACGACUUCCACAUUCAGCUCAAGGCACUGCAGGAUUCCGUUUCUCCCAUGACUGACAGCGUUGUCGGUACCAUCUCCGACGCCGUUCAGCCAAUCCGUGAUAGUAUCGCCAACGAUAUUAAGGAGUUGAAGGAAAAACUUGCUCCCCAACAAGCUGAACUGAAGAAGGUCGUUGACAAACACAUCGAAGAGUACCGUGCUCUUCUGCAGCCCGUGAUCGCCGAAUACCAGGCGAAACACACUGCUGAGAUGGACGCUCUGAAAGCCAAGUUGGAGCCCAUCAUGGCCCAACUUCAAGAGAAGGUGUCCGUCAACGUUGAGGAGACCAAGGCCAAACUCAUGCCCAUGGUCGAGGCUGUCCGUGAAAAGGUUUACACACAGCUGGAGACGUUGAAGGCUAUGGUUGAGCCCUACGUGAAUGAAUACAAAGAACAGAUGAAGCAAGCCUACGGCCAAGCACAGUCCAUCAGCGCGGACGACCUCACUGCUCUGAAAGAGAAGAUUACACCUUUGGCUGCGGAUGUCAAGGAAAAACUCUCCGCCAUCUUCGAAGCUGUCUACGCGACCGUCAACAAGAGCUAAAUCAUGGCCAGCCACACAGUCUAACACACCAAUCCUGAACCUGUCAGUUCUCGACCAUUCCCCUAUCAUCUCCAUUCCCAGUUUUCACCGACAUCCUCCUACACGCAGCAGAUGCCUAAUUGAUGCACUUCCUCGCAACAAAAUGGCUGGACUCAUGCUCUUUAACUCGCUUGUUUGGGCACCUUUUUUUUUUCAAGCAUGACAGUCAUAACUACUUACACUCUCAACACAUGCAUGCUUUCAUUGUCAGAGACUGACCAUUUUUGUGCAUUCAUAUUAAUGGAUUAUCAGAAGUGGCUCUGUGUGAUGAUGCUUGUCUCAUAGAAACUCAGCUUUGGCAAAAUACAGCUGAAUAAACAUGUUUAUGAAACCA